AUGGCUGCAAAUCUGGUUGCCAAUUGGCAACCAAGAGACUCUUACGAACGAGCUCAAUUACGGAAUUAUAAGUUCUAUGCCUUCCGGAGGCUUGGAAAGGCACCUUCAUCAUGGACCGCGGAAGAGGUGAGGUUAUCAAGGUCGAAUUGGAUACAAAUGGCCGUGCCUAGGCCUAUUCGGCCUGCCAUAUUCACUCGAAACCAGGCACCCUGGGUCAUGCAUCGAUAUCGGAACCCUUCGGCAGUGGCAGCUGGAAUGCCGGAUAUAGAGGACCCGACCCUUGGCAAUGACCCGUGGGUCAAUUCGGUGAAGACCAGGCUAGCAAACGCCAAAGAGUACUUUAAUAAUAACAUGUUUCGUUUCCAGAAAGUCUUAGGCUACGGAGGUUUGGGACUGGCCCUUCAUUUUCGACACGACGGUGAUCAGACACCCACAGAUGUCGCCAUGAAGCUCUCCCUCAAAUCAUGGGUAGCCGACGAUUUACGAAAGGAGGAACAGGCCAUGGCAAAAUUGACGGGAGCGGUGCAUGCGGUUCAGCUGGUAGACCCAGAAGAAGUCGGCGUACCUCGACAAGCGCGAUACCACCCGAUGCCGACUGGAGACGAUUCUUCUAGCUCCGAAGAUUCCAGCGGUGACGAAAGCAUCGAUUAUCCAAGACGUCCUCCCAGACUUAUCCGAGGUCGCGAUACCCCAGCGGAUCAGCAUCAACGAGCCAGGGAUUACGAACGGCGACGCGCCCAGUGGAUCGAGCGAAACGAUGCGAUGGGUCCUAGGAAGGAUUUUAUACUUCUCGAGUAUAUCGAGGGUGGCGACCUCCGCAUGCUAAUCAAUAAAAUAGGGAGCACAACCGGCCCCGGACAAGUUGCACGGAUCCCGAAUAGAGUACUCUGGGCAAUGUGGCUUUGUUUGGUACGAGCCUGCGUAGGCAUGAAAUACCCUCCCCGCAAAUUCCACCCGGAGCGGUUCGCGAGAAGUGACCUGAUUGAAGAUGCCCCUCCUGCUCGUAAGAGAUGGAGAGGAAAAAACAUGGUUCAUUUUGAUAUCGACCCGAGUAACAUCCUUAUUGGAAACAUUGAGCGGCCGGAAGACUUCGUCGACGAGAAUUCCAACGAAGGCUCGCAAAAUUCUAGCUCUUCUCAAGACACUGUAAUCUAUGACCCUAUCGAAGGUAGCUCUAACGAGGGAGAACGGGAAACGCCUUCGCAUUUCCAAGCAAUGAUGAGCUACUUCACGAGGCUUGUAGGAGGAUGGACCGGCGAACCGUCUGACAAAAAAAAACAAGACGAGCCUGCUCAAUCCCAACCGCGGAAGCGAAAGUACGAUGUAUAUCAUGACGAUAGGACAUGGGGAGAGCAUAUAUUCAUUCCCAAAUUGAAGCUCGGAGACUUUGGUCUGGCACAAGAAAUCAAGUCCUAUAAACGAAACGACUACUACGUGAGGAGGCGAGCUACAGGGAAGUAUUGGUUCUAUGCACCUGAACAAUUCGGAGCCGAAUGGGAGCGAAUUCCUGCCGAUCCUGACGGGCAAGAGGCGGGAGAAAAUCAAAUAGCAGGAAGAUACUGCUCGGCAACGAACGUAUGGGGUAUCGCACUGACGAUGUGGGUUUUGAUAACCCAAAGAAUCCCGCCUAUGCCGCCUCAAGCUCAAAUACCGCCGGGAAUCAAUAUACCUAAAAAUGCCGACCGUAUUGAUGAAUUGCUUUGGCACAUCCAGCCGGGCAUGCCGGUAUCGUACUGCGCCUUGCUAAUGGACGGAGACUUUGAAUACAUCGACGAGGACCUUAGGACGGCCAUAUAUCAAUGCAUGUACCACCAACCGAACUACCGCCCGACAGUCGAGGAGCUGCUGCUGCAAGCGCAAGAAGGGAUCUCGCGGCGGUAUCCUGAUGAGGAUGAUGACGUCGUCAACCGCUGGGUCAGCGAGUAUGUGUUGAACGCGCCGACGUCUUAA